GACGAGUAGCUAUCCUCUAUAUCUAUGCUUGUAGGAAGACGGAGCACCUUGAGAUGAUCGAAAUCUAGUGAAGUCAGAGAGUGAAAGGAGAAAACAGAGAAUUCCUAGAAAACUUCAAAGAGUUUGUAGUACUCAUGGCCACUCAAAAGCUCUCCUCUCUGCUCUCUGUUUCCUCUUCUACUUCUCUACGCUCUUUGGGUCGUUGUUUUAGCUGGGGAAGAGGCAUCAGUAGGUUUAGUACCUCUGUUGCAAUUGAGGAACCAAUAACUCCACCUGUUCAAAUAGAUCAUACUCAACUUCUCAUAAAUGGACAAUUUGUUGAUGCUGUGUCAGGAAAAACUUUUCCAACCCUGGAUCCCAGGACAGGAGAGGUGAUUACCCAUGUUUCUGAAGGUGACUCUGAAGAUGUAAACCGCGCUGUCUCGGCUGCUCGCAAGGCAUUUGAUGAGGGACCAUGGCCAAAGAUGACUCCUUAUGAAAGAUCACGUAUAAUAUUUCGCUUUGCUGAUUUACUGGAAAAGCACAGUGAUGAAGUUGCAGCACUGGAAACUUGGGAUAAUGGGAAGCCUUAUGAACAGUCUGCAAAUGUUGAAAUCCCAAUGGUCAUACGCAUAUUUCGAUAUUAUGCUGGUUGGGCAGAUAAGAUUCAUGGACUCACAGUUCAAGCUGAUGGGCCUUACCAUGUCCAGACCCUGCAUGAACCCAUUGGUGUCGCAGGGCAGAUUGUUCCAUGGAAUUUUCCUCUUCUGAUUUAUGCUUGGAAGGUUGGGCCUGCUUUAGCAUGCGGUAACACAAUAAUACUGAAGACUUCAGAGCAAACACCUUUGUCUGCUAUUUUUGUGUCAAAGCUACUUCUUGAGGCUGGACUUCCUCCUGGUGUUUUAAAUUUGAUCUCUGGCUUCGGUCCAGUUGUUGGUGCGGCUAUUUGCAGUCAUAUGGAUGUUGACAAGCUUUCUUUCACGGGGUCAACCAACACUGGUAAGAUCGUACUUGAGCUGGCUUCAAAAAGCAAUCUGAAGCCAGUGACUUUGGAGCUUGGAGGAAAAUCUCCUAUCAUUGUGUGUGAGGAUGCUGACAUUGAUCUGGCUGUUGAGCACUCACACUCUGCUGUGUUCUUCAAUCAGGGCCAGUGUUGCUGUGCAGGAUCUCGCACUUUUGUGCAUGAACGUGUAUAUGAUGAAUUUGUAGAGAAAGCAAAAGCACGAGCUUUGAAACGUGUAGUUGGAGAUCCUUUCAAGAAGGGGGUUGAACAAGGUCCUCAGAUCGAUGCUGUGCAAUUUAAAAGGAUCCUCGAGUACAUUAGGUCAGGCAUUGAUAGUGGUGCUACUCUUGAAUCUGGAGGUGAAAGUGUUGGCCCCAAGGGCUAUUAUAUUCAGCCCACUGUCUUCUCAAAUGUUCAGGAUGACAUGUUGAUCGCGAAGGAUGAGAUCUUUGGCCCAGUUCAGUCCAUCUUAAAAUUCCAGAGUCUUGAUGAGGUGAUUCGAAGGGCGAACACAACUCAAUAUGGGCUGGCUGCCGGAGUUUUUACGAAGAACGUUAACACCGCCAACACCUUGACUCGUGCAUUGCGAGCUGGGACAAUCUGGAUUAACUGCUAUUUAGUUUUUGAUGCUGCAAUACCUUUUGGUGGGUACAAGAUGAGUGGGCAUGGAAGAGUGAAGGGGAUUUACAGCCUCAGUAACUAUUUGCAAGUUAAGGCUGUUGUUACUCCUUUGGAGAAUCCAGCAUGGUUGUAAUUUCUAGAUAUGAGUGAAGAAUUAUAGUAUUAUCAUACUUUGCUUACAGCUUGUAUGUUAUGUGACAAGUUUUGAUAAUCCAGGUCAGGCUCUUCAUUGUUAAAAUUCAA